AUGUGUCCUCGAUGUCAACGGACAUUCCGGGCACGAAUCGGACUUGUUGGACAUCUCCGAACCAACUGCAUCUCUCGAACUGCUCCAGCCAUCGUCCCCCCGCCCGCCUCUUCCUCGUCCUCUCUUCCGCCAACUAACUCUGACACUCCUUCUGCACCACCACUUCCAUCCUCCUCCUUCUCCUCCACUGCCCCAGCGGUGGCCCUUCAGCCUGCCGUCUCACACAUCGCCAACCACGACACAACAAUCGCAACCACCCCCACCCCUCCCGAUUCCAGUGAUGAGGAUCAGGACUACACCUGCCCUCACUGUGACCGCACCUUCACUUCACACAUCGGCCUGGUCGGUCACUUGCGAAUCCAUCGCACAGAGACUGGCGAACCAGUGCCUGGAGCACCAACCUACACUCACCGCACUCGCCUCCACUGCCCACACUGCCCUCGCACCUUCACUCAUCGCAUGGGUCUAUUCGGCCACAUGCGCAUCCACGAGAGCGGAAUUGACCGCAGCCUUGACACACCCACCCCGCCGAGCCCCACUCCCAACCCACCGCCUUGUGCACCCACUAACCACUCCCCAGCCGACAUCUAUGCCACCGACCUUACCAUCCCUCACUCCUCCCCACCCUCCUCCUCUUCCUCCAUCACUGCCACAACGACGGCCGCUUCGGCGUCUGUCGCCCACGACUUCACCACAGCCGAACCUGACACAACAACAGGCACAACCCCUGCAACCUCCAUCAUCCGACGUGAGGGCCAGGGCUACAUCUGCCCUCACUGCGAUCGCACCUUCACUUCACGCAUCGGCCUGGUCGGUCACUUGCGAAUCCAUCGCACAGAGGCUGGCGAACCAGUGCCUGGAGCACCAACCUACACUCACCGCACUCGCCUCCACUGCCCACACUGCCCUCGCACCUUCACUCAUCGCAUGGGUCUAUUCGGCCACAUGCGCAUCCACGAGAGCGGAAUUGACCACAAUUCCGAUACAGGCACGACAUCCAACACAUCCACCACGCCCAGACCCAUCCUCGCUCCACCGUCAUACGUGCCGACCACCACCACCACCGCCACCACCACCAACACCACUGCUUCCUCUACAGCUGACACCGACACCGCCAACCUCUCAUGCCCACAUUGUCCACGCACCUUCACCUCACGCAUCGGCCUGGUUGGUCACUUGCGAAUCCAUCGCACAGAGGCUGGCGAACCAGUGCCUGGAGCACCAACCUACACCAACCGCACUCGCCUUCACUGCCCACACUGCCCUCGCACCUUCACGCAUCGCAUGGGUCUAUUCGGCCACAUGCGCAUCCACGACGACCUGCGGUAG